AUGCAUCAUCAAGAAUUUAUUACCAAAUCAGCUGAAGAAAUUUUACUUGAUGAAACAGAAUUAUUAACAACAACAUCAACAAGAAGCAAGAUGGAAUGUCGAUUCGUAUUAAAUAAUGGUUCAGAAUAUGAUAUACCGAAUAGUAUUUUAUGCGGUCAACUUCAGCAACAGCUGAACAGUUCAGAAUUAGGUGGUAAAGAAAAUCAAUCCGGUCGUAUUCGCGUAAUUCUCAACGAAGGAUCAACAGCAGGUAUUUUAGAACCAAUGAACGGAUGUACACGACUGUUAAUGACUGAAGAAGGUAAUGUGGUUCUUACACGCAUAGGAGCAUUUUUGUUGACUGCUACGCGAAUUCGAAAACCUAACGUUUUGGAAGAUUGUCGAGCUUAA